AUGGAUAUCAACACCAUGGACCAAGGCCUCCUAAUCCGCAACCCGUCUCUGACACGCGAGGAAUUCUCACACCACUGGUAUCACAAGCACGCACCUCUCGUGAUCCCGAUGUUUUUGCAUUUAGGAGUUCAGCAUUAUCAACAAAUCCACCCCCCAUUCACCCUCGCCGUCUCUCCCUCCUCAACCAGCAACACCCUUAUCCCCCUCUCAUUCGACGGCGUCGCCGGCCUCCCCCCACAAUCAACACUCGAUGCACCAUCAAACCUACCGAAAUGGGUGCAAGCCUACUACGACGAAGUGAUCAAAACAGACGAGCGAAGAUUUCUAGUCAGUGAGGCGUUGGAGCAUAUUAUUAGGGUGCCGCCUAAGACUGUAGAGGGAGAGGUGAGAGUAGUGAUUAAAGAGGGGAAGGCUUUGAUUGACGUCCCGGAGGAGGUGUGGAGGGUGUGGAGGGAGUAUGAGGAGAGGGGGAGAAACGAGGGGGAGCGGAAAGAAGAAAAGAGAGAGGAUGGAGAUCUGAAGUAG